CUAAAAAAAAAAAAAAGACACGAGUCUCCACUUCAUGAGCAAAGAUUCGUUGCUUUGAUUUGCUCUACCACCCGUCUCAGCCACCGGCGGCGAGCUCAGAUGGGCGCCCGGGCGCGCCGCGCCGCCCACCACCCCGCUCGCCUCCGCCUCCGCCACCGCCACCUUCUCCUCCUCCCGCUGCUGCUCCUCUUCCUCCUCCCGCCCCUCUCCGCGCUCCUCCUCCGCCGCGCCAACUCCCUGCGCCGCCGGUGCCUACCCCCCGCCGCAGGGCGCCGCCCCCUCGCCGGGCAGCGGCUCAGCUUCUCUAUCGUCACGCUCUCCGACGAGGGCCUGUCGGGCCGAGGCGUGCGGGGGCGGUCUUUCCGCGGCGUGCUGGCGGCCACCGCGCGGAACAAGCGCGCGUACGCGGCCGCGCACGGGUACGGCUUCGCCGCGCUGCCCCCCGGCGCGGUCGACCCCGGCCGCCCGCCCGCCUGGAGCAAGGUCCUUGCCCUCCGCGCCCGCCUGCGCCGCCACCACUGGCUCUUCUGGAACGACGCGGAUACGCUGGUUACUAACCCUGACAUCUCGUUGGAGGAGAUUUUGUUCUCGGUGAUUGGGCAUAGUGAUUUUGAUGCAUCGCCUGAUCUCAUUCUGACAGAGGACAUCAAUGGGGUUAAUGCCGGACUGUUCUUCAUAAGGAGGUCGAAAUGGAGUGAGAGAUUUUUAGAUACAUGGUGGAACCAUACAUCAUUUGUACAAUUUGGUUCCACAAAAAGUGGGGAUAAUGCAGCACUGAAGCAUAUCGUGGAUCACUUGUCACCUGAAGAAACAAAAGAACACGUCCGUAUAGCAAAAAUGCAGUGCCUCUUCAACUCAUAUCCUUGGGUUGCUACGUGGAAAUCAGUUCACCGCCUGAUCUUCCACCCAUCCACUACAUGGAAAGGGGCUUAUUCAGAUGGAGAUUUCAUGGUCCAUUUUGCUGGCCUAAAUGACAAGCGAGGCUGGACAUCAAGAAUUCUUAGAGAGAUAACUCACCGAUGAGGAUAAUUACCCCAAUUUUAAAGUGAUCGAUGGAGGAUCCAGAAUUUUAUGUGAAGAGCCUGAUUGUUUUUGCAUCAUAUUCUGUUGUAGACUGCCAUUUUAGUUGGACAGCAUGUUCCGUUUCUAAUCAUCUAUUAUUAAAAGGUUGUCUCCCACUAACUACUUCUGCAAACCUCUCAUCCAGCCAUGUCAUAAAAAAUACUCGACAUUCAUUUCUGGACAGCUCUUAUGCACAGGUGUUUGAUUCAGAAGCACAACACAUCCAUCUGCCUCCUUUAAUACCUCGCCAAUAUCCACCGAUCUCUCACAUCCAACAGAUCGACAUUACAACACUACAUCAACCCAUCAAGGCUUCUCUGCCAUCACCGGGGAAUGUGGAGCUGCUGCUGCUGCUGCACGACUUACCCCAUGGCUAGCGGCACCGCCCCUGGCCCAAGCCCCCGGUGCCUGCCUCCAUGGGGUUAGUGUAAAAAGUGGCAGCAUUGGACCUUGGCAUGCCACUGACAUUCUUGAGAGGCACCUGUUGUCGUCCACUUCGUGUGUGUCUACGAAUCUGCAGGUCCCAGGCCGGUCUCUACUGCCAUGCCAUGGUCGGAGACAUAUCCUCCCGUACAUCGUGGGCGAGGAUGAAGAAGAACAUGACGAUGAGCUUCCCGACGAGGAGCCGGCGUUUUUGCCAGUUGAACGAGCUCACCAUGUGGACCGCCUCUUCCUCGACAAGUGCCAGGGAGAUCUGCUCGUGCCAUGAUGAGGUCGUUCAACCAGCAAAACGGCGGCGGUCGUCGUCAUCGGCUGGUUCGGUGGCGCCCAAGCCCUCGCGGGACACGAGGCGCAGGACCUACAAGGUGGUAGGAGGCGGUUACCUUUAGGCACUCGUCAGUGACCAACAUGUUCUUGAGAACUGGGUGUCACCCUAUUGGCUAGGCCUGCAAGGAGUGCAGUUAGCCCGCCCGCGUUCGGCCAGCCGGGUGUCGGUGGUGGCGACCUCAUAGCCGGCAAAGCGCGCCUCGCCGUUCACCUCUUGAGCGUGGAACGGACGGUACCUCUCCACGGCGUCGUGUGGGCCUGAGGCAUAGCAGUUGGUGAUGGCGAAGCGGCGCUCGGCCCCGGCUCUUGUUUUCAAGAAUGCGGAUUUAGUUCUGCACAUGAAGUAGUGAGGAUAUGCUUGGAAGACGAAAACAGCCUCCGAGAUGAUACCCAUGAUUUGCUCUAGCUCGAGCCUCUAUGAUUUGUUUGUGUGUCGUCUGAUCACGGCAAUGUGUUCUCGUUUAUGAGCUUGAUCUACCUAUAGUAGGAACUUUUGUUCCACGAACUGUAGGAUUAUUUGCCAACUGAAACUGGAACUUGAACGGUUCAGGCUCAACUUGUCGGUCAAUUCAACCUCUUGCUGCUGGGUUUGGGAGUAGUACAUAUGUAAAACACAUCAUGGGAGCCCUCACUGCAGCCUGGGCAGGCUCUUUUUCUUUUUUGUAACUUUUUUCGAAAAGGUUCUUUUUUGUAACUUACAAGAGGUUAUUGUUUGUCCCCGUCAGGUGCCGCUGAAGCAAACUUUGGCGUCGAUCAAGCACUGAUCGCGGUAUCAUGUACGAGUAAUACUGAUGACGGUGGUUGCUGUAAGCCAGUUGGGUGGGUUCUUGAGAGCCUGUCGUGCAAAGAGAUAAUGCUGUGAAUGUGAUGGUUAAACUCGACGUGGUUUAUUGUUGUGGGGCAACUAUCACGCUCACACUCAACAUACAUUUGAAAUCUCUGAUAUGUUAGAAGGAGCAGUGGUGAACCAUAUUGUCUGGCUCUACUGACUCCUGUUGCUAUAUCAUGAACUGAAUCAUAGAUUAUUUCAGUUGUCUGUA